AUGCAGUCACAUAUUAAGAUCAAACAAAAACACCAACCAACUAUGAUUGGGAAACCUGAAAAGGUUUCAGAGCCUUUAGAAAAGGUGGUGAAGAACAAGAGAAAUAGUCUUCUAGACCUUAAAUCUCUUCUAGAAGACAGAGGGGGCAUUAUACAAUCUAGUACGCACGGCUUUAAAAGAAGUGUCUUCGAGAAAGAUAAAAAAUCUAGCAAUAAUAGUGUGAACUACUUAAAUAAUAAUUUUAGUUUUGAAACAACUUUUAGUGAAAGCAAUAAUAUGAGGUGUAGGGUUAAAGGACGGUGCUGUAGACUUAAAACUUUAGUGUGUUUGUUAUUAGUGGCCAUCUUCGUGGAUACAAGACUGCAAGCUGAGGCGAGAAGUUCAGGUGAGUGUUUU